AUGCAGAAGGAGUGGUUUAGGCCUGGAAAUGACUCGGGUGGGUGCUCUCACCUGUGCCACCUCCCCGUGUCCCAGCCAGCAGCCCUGGCGCUGUUUGUCCCGAGUGUUCGAGCCCCCGGGCCGCGCACCCGGCGUUCCUUCAGUCACCCGUCCUUGUCACCGCCGGGGGUGACUCCUCUCCCCGCUUCGCUGCCCUUCCCGCGGCUCCAGCUUUUCGGGAAUCCACCGUCCUUCCACCAGCAGAGGGAAGCAGAAGGAUGCGUUCAUGCCCAGCCAGCGCUCGCGGGUGCCGAGGGCCUCCUGGGCUUUCUGGGUGCGCCUUCCCAGCUCUUCCUCGGCUGGGGGAAGGAGGAUGCCCUUCCACAGCCUCCCGCUGGCUGGGGACUACGUGGUAACCCCAGAACUCCCAAAAUUACCUACAGGAAGGGUUUCUGGAACUCGGUACCGGGUCAUCCCAACAUGGAUUCCCUCCCCAAGGGAACAACAUCUUCCUUCCACUCAAAGGCUUCCCACCUAACCAGGAACAAGGAAUUUACUCCAGAUUUAUUCCAGAAUCUGCAGCCUCGGCCACACAAACCCACCAGGGAGGCAAAGAAAACUCCUUCCAGCUGGGCUGGCAACGAGAGCUGCAGAGAGGCUUUGAGAGUGCUUCUGGAAGCCAGAGCUGCCAUCCCCAGCUAUUCCAUCCUGCCACCACUGCAGAGGGAUGAAAAGGCACGAACAGAAACUCCCUUCUCCCAAGCCCUCCCACCUCUUGGGAUCCUCAUGGGAAGACAAAUAAAUCCAUCAGCAGAUCGUUCAAAAACAUUUAUUGUCACCACACAGUGA